UGGUGUGGAAGAAGGCCAUUUCGGUGCUACAAGUCAUCCAAAAACUAGCUACUACUAUACUUGCAGCACCACAUUCAUUUUUAUUUUACUAUUUUUUUUGAAAAAAGAGAUUGAAUCAGUGUGUGUUUAUAUGUGAAAAAAGGCUAAAAUCAAUUAAAAAUAAGAUAAAGGAAAUAGAAAAAAUUAUAUGAUCAGCUAGAAGGAGAUAAUCAUUCAAUAUAUAGUAUAAUAUAUGGCUCUGGCUAAUGCCUCAGAUCCCCAAUCCCUUCUCCGGUUGCUGGAUGAUUUCAUUAAGAAGGAAAACAUUACACUUGAAGGAGCCCAUGCAGCGGAAGUUUUAUUGGGAAGAGAUACUCGGCCCAGCGGGGAGACUCUUCUCGUGGCCGCUAAACAAGUGCUUGUUGGAUUAUAUCCCCCAACGAGAUAGCACCCAAAAUGUAAGUGAUAAACUGGUUGUGGAUGGCGCUGAUGGGGUGGGAGGAGAAAAGCUUGAUAAUUUGAAGACAAGGUUGGGUUAUUUGACAGUUGGUGUUCGCAAUUGUGGUGGUGGUGUACUUACUGAAGGUGUAGGUGCUGACUAUGUGCAGAAAGAGAAGAUGGCUCCUCGCAAUUUUGGCCCUGCUGAUGCUGGCAUGAGUUGAGCUAUCUUCCUUACUAAUCCAUUAUGUUUCAGGUGUGCCAGUUUGGAUGGUGAUGCUGAUCGGCUCGUGUAUUUCUAUGUAAUAUCAAAUAGUAAUAAGAUUGACCUAGUUGAUGGGGAUAAAAUAUUGUCUCUGUUUGCUUUGUUUCUCAAGGAGCAAUUAUGC